AAGAGAUGCCUGGUGUGGUCUUGCGAGGGCAGAUUAGAGAAGGCUGUUGUUGUCCCUGUUCCUGGGGCUCAAAUCUAGCCAGAGCCUGAGGAAUACACAAGUAAACAAAGAAUUGGAGUCCAGUCAAGUACCGGGGACCAGGGAUGUCGAAAGACUCUGGCAUUCCCUGGAGGAGCAAUCAACUCUUCUAGGAUGAUCAGGGAGUGAUUUUUAGAGAAAGGGCAGUAUUGGAGCAGGGCUUUGAGGGAAGUAUAGGAGUUUUCUGGUCAAGAAUGUAGGAGGACCUUCUAGCCAGAGGGUGUGAACGUGCACGUUUGUGCCUGCAUUACAGGUGUGUGAGGAUGGUGACUGGGGGGGUGGCCUGGGCCAGGCAGAGAAGGGCCUGCAUGGCAGGCGAAGGAGUGCAGGCUCAUCCCUAGCUUGCUGCAGGGUCAGGUACCAAUCCUGGUCAUCACUUUGUUUCCUUCUUCCUCCUCCUCCCCACACCAAUACAUCAUGAAUAACUUCAGUCUCGCUCUAGAACAUUCUUCAAUUUAAAAGCAGGAUAGUUCAGUGAAAAUACCAUGGAGUUGUACAGUCAGAAAGUUCUAGAAUUGAAGCUUUUGGAUUUUGAGACUCGAUAUUGGGCUGUUUGCCUAAUUUCUUGGAGCUGCAUUUUUCUUAUCUGUAAAAUGGAGUAAUGGUGUCUCCCCUGUGGCAACCUAUUGAGGGGAUUCUAGAAAAAGGUGUGUCACGUGCCGAUGCCCAGCAAUUGCACGGUGAAGGGAACUGUUAGGAUUAUUCUCUGUCUUGUCCAGGUCAUAAGCCUUGUUGGACUUUGGUUUCUGUAUCUGUCAUGCGGAAAUGGUGGUCUGUCAUCUUCCUUCCAUGAUUGUCAAGUUGGACACAGGCCAGGUUGCCCCUUUCCCAGGCAGAUCAGUCAGGCCAGGAGGCCCAGGACCCCCAUGGUAGCCUUCCCAGGGCCCCACGCAAGCCUGCCGGGCCGAAGGGGGGGACCCAGCCGUACAGGGGCUGUGGCUCCCUGUGGAUCAGGCAGUGGGGUACCUGUCCUGCCUUUCCGACGGGGACAAGCCCUCCAGCGGCCCGCUCACCUCUCCCUCUGACCGCUGUGCUGGUGUUUGAGAUUUGAGGGUUGACACGCAGCCGGGGCCAAGGCCCUCCCUGGUCCAGCCCUUGUGCCCACAGGCCUGUCACUUCAUCUCUUGGAAACUCAACUUCUCCCAUCUGCAGCUUGGGAAGGACUGUGUUGACCCCUCCGGGGGGAAAGCGACGAAGAGUCAGACGAGCACAGUGACAGCCACCUGGGUAAUGUUUGUUGCAGUUUCAGAAUCCAGAUGUGGAGUCAGACGCUUUGUCAUAGCCCAACAUCUGCGCUCUGCGUCUCUUUGCCGGUGGCUCACCUUCGGGUGCCUGAGAAACCUUGUGAAUUGGGGAGGGCAGAGAGCAUCUGACCCCCCAUUUUGUGGAUGAGGAAUUUGAGCUUUAGGGACGGGGACUCAUCCAAGUGGUAGGGCUCACGUCCCAGUCCCACGCUGGCUGUGGGUCUGCAGGGACGAGGCUGGCCCGCGUGGCGUGUCUGACCCCGUGCGGACUAAAGUGGAAACCCACUCUGGGAUCUUGCUGCAGAGCCCCCUGGCCUCCUGCCACUGGUUUUGAGGAAUGGGUGAUGGGAAGGGCUGGGGAAUCGAUGAAUGUCUGGAGUCCAUGGGUUCUCCUGACAGUCACAGGGAGCCUGUCCCGAGACCAGAUCUGGAAGGAUGUCCAGCUUGGCAGAGACUACCAUUCUCCACCUCUCCUCCGUCACCUGCCAUCUGGGGUUGUGCCCAGUGAGGGCAUUGCCCACACCCCCAUUGUCUCUCCUCCUUAUCCUCUGCACUCGUGUUACUCGGAUUGAGAAUCUGUUAUUAGCAAUUUAUGACACCCAGGUCUCCAGCCAAGCACAUUCUGUUCUCCAGGGUUGGGGGAAGACUCUUAAGGGCCACGUUGCGAGGCCGGACAGGAAAGAGGAGCAGGUCAACAAUUUAUGGUCGACUGUGUGGCGUCCUGGCCUGUGCUAGGGGAUAGCUUUAGCAUGGGGCCAACUUGAGCCCAGUCCUGCGUGGGAAGAAGCCCUUGCAGACGGCAUGGCCUCCCCGCGGGAGCCCAAAUGGCUCUUGUAAGCCGGGUGAAUGGGCUCCCCUCCCACUCGCAUGCUCACUGGGCCUUGGGCUCCAGAUUUCUCUCUGUGAAGUGGGGUCGUGGCUGGGACGCUCGGAACAGAGCCACCACUGAGUUUCUCAAGAGAGGCGGUCUGAGAAGACACCGGCCGGGAAAGGAGAACAGGAAGAAAGAGAACAGCACGCCAGAGGACCCCGGAAGACGGGGAGCGGGCACGAUGACCUGUGGAAAGUGGUGCACAAGCAAAACAACCCACCCUUUCUGCGAAAGUGCUGAGCUGAUGGAAUUGAGCUUGGUGGCCACGAGAUCGAGCCGCAGAUCUCUAUCUGUGGGUGCCCGGGCUUUGUGCCGAAGGGGGUCCUGGAAGCUGAUGCGGAGGGCAGGGGCAUCACCUGUGGCGCCUUGUCCCCCAGGCUGGCCUCCACGCCCCCCGGGACUCAUCACUGGUCCCCAUUCCUGGAAGCAAGUCCCCUUCCUCCGCGCAUGCACGAUGUCCAUGAGGAGCCCUGGCUCUGCCCAGCUGGCCCCAGAUGGCGUGGGCACCAUGGUGAACUGCACCGUCAAGUCCGAAGGGAAGAAGGAGCCCUGCCAUGAGGCCCUCCAGGGCUCGGCCACCACAGCUGAACCCCAGCCCGGAGACCCAGCCCGGGCUCCCCAGGACGGUGCUGACUCCCAAGCUCCAGCCCAGGAUUGCAGCUCCCCUGAGAGCAAUGGGUCCCCGGAACCCAAGAGAAUGGGAGCUUCUGAGGCCGCCUCUGGAAGCCAGGAGAAGCUAGACUUCAACCAACAUUUAAAAGAAGUCGUGCCGGCCAUCGAGAAGCUGCUGUCCAGUGACUGGAAGGAGAGGUUUCUGGGAAGGAGCUCUGUGGAAACCAAAGAUGUCAAAGAUGGACAGAAAAACAGUUCUCACCGGUGGCCGUUUCAUCGUGGAGCAGGGACCCAGGAGAGCCUGGCAGAGAAGGAGCUCCAGCUCCUGGUCAUGAUCCACCAACUGUCCACGCUGCGGGACCAGCUCCUGACGGCGCACUCGGAGCAGAAGAACAUGGCUGCCAUGCUGUUCGAGAAGCAGCAGCAGCAGAUGGAGCUGGCCCGGCAGCAGCAGGAGCAGAUCGCCAAACAGCAGCAGCAGCUGAUUCAGCAGCAACAUAAGAUCAACCUCCUCCAGCAGCAGAUCCAGCAGGUCAACAUGCCUUAUGUCAUGAUCCCGGCCUUCCCGCCAAGCCACCAGCCUCUGCCUGUCACCCCCGAUUCCCAGCUGGCCUUGCCCAUUCAGCCCAUCCCCUGCAAACCAGUGGAGUACCCCCUGCCGCUGCUGCACAGUCCCCCUGCCCCCGUGGUGAAGAGGCCCGGGGCCAUGGCUGCCCACCACCCCCUGCAGGAGCCCUCCCAGCCCCUGAACCUCACGGCCAAGCCCAAGGCCCCCGAGCUGCCCAAUGCCUCCAGCUCCCCCAGCCUGAAGAUGAACAACUGUGGACCCCGCCCCCCCAGCCAUGGGGCCCCCACGCGGGACCUGCAGGCCAGCCCGCCCAGCCUGCCACUGGGCUUCCUUGGUGAAGGGGACGCUGUCACCAAAGCCAUUCAGGAUGCUCGACAGCUGCUGCAUGGCCACAGUGGGGCGUUAGAGAACUCCCCCAACACUCCCUUCCGCAAGGACCUCAUCAGCCUGGACACGUCCCCCGCCAAGGAGCGGCUGGAGGAGAGUUGUGUGCAUCCCCUGGAAGAAGCCAUGUUGGGCUGCGACAUGGACGGCUCCCGCCACUUUCCUGAGUCCCGCAGCAGCAGCCACAUCAAGAGGCCCAUGAAUGCCUUCAUGGUGUGGGCCAAGGACGAGCGACGGAAGAUCCUCCAAGCCUUCCCAGACAUGCACAACUCGAGCAUCAGCAAGAUCCUGGGCUCCCGCUGGAAGUCCAUGACCAACCAGGAGAAGCAGCCGUACUACGAGGAGCAGGCGAGGCUGAGCCGGCAGCACCUGGAGAAGUACCCCGACUACAAGUACAAGCCCCGGCCCAAGCGCACCUGCAUCGUGGAGGGCAAGCGGCUGCGGGUGGGCGAGUACAAAGCGCUGAUGAGGACCCGGCGCCAGGACGCCCGCCAGAGCUACGUGACCCCCCCCCAGGCUGGCCACCUGCAGAUGAGCUCUCCCGACGUCCUGUACCCUCGGGUGGCAGGCAUGCCCCUGGCUCAGCCCCUGGUGGAGCAUUACGUGCCCCGGAGCCUGGACCCCAACAUGCCUGUCAUCGUCAACACUUGCAGCCUCAGGGAGGAGGGGGAGGCCACGGAAGACAGGCACUCGGUGGCGGAGGGUGAGCUGUACCGGUACAGCGAAGACGAGGACUCGGAGGGCGACGAGAAGAGCGACGGGGAGCUGGUGGUGCUCACAGACUGAUCCGAGCGGGGUGGGCCCGGCCCCCAGCCCGUGGGCGCGGUCGGCCGGCCUGGACUUUGUUGGUACUUGGACUUGGGCCUGCCCGGGAGAGGGGCACAGCUGUGCACUUGUAGAUAGCCUCCUGGGGGGGGGGAUUCCCCCCCCACCCCCCGCACCAGCCCUGCGGCCGCGCCCAGGGAGCUGCUGGCCUCACGGGGCAGGACCUGGAGAGUGGUCGGGGGCUGCGCGCCUCGGCCUGCGGGGCUCAGAGCCAGCGGACACUGUAUGACCCUCCCCUCCUGCAGGUCUCCUCACCCCAGGGGUCUGGCAGCUCCAGACCUGUCCCCCUGGGGCCACAUGCUUUGUUUCCAUUCUUUGUCCUGGCUGGACCAGCCCCCGUAGGACCAACACCCCCCCCCCCCACUCCCACUCCCAGAUCGCUCCUCUGUCACAGGAUCACUUUGUGCAAAAAGGUCUGGCUGUCCCUCGCUGUCUUGAUCUUCUGUCCAGCCUGUUGUGCCUCUGGCGGCGGUGUAUAGACGUGUGCGUGUGUAUGUGUGCGCGCGCAAGCACACGCGUGUUUCCAUCUGUCCACUCAUGGCGCAAGGUAUUUAUUGGGCGCCUGCUCCGUGCCAGGCACCGUUGCUGAGUUCUGUGGGUGUCUCUCGAUACCACUCUUGCUUCUCUGGGGGCCCCUCCGUGCUUCACUGUCCCCAAAUUGCUACCUCUUUGUCAGUCUGGGUGUCUCAGGUUCUGUGUGUCCUUGUGUUUCUGUCCUCGUUUCUCUGCAGGGCUGUUCUCCCGUCUCCCUUUCUUGGGGUCUGCGCCUCUGCCCUUCUGACACCGCUGGUCAGUCUGGGUUUCUGUAAGGCCCCCGGUCAGCCCCGGGGCCCAUCAGCCGCCCUGACCUGCCCUGCCUGUCCCUUCACGCCCUCCCUGACUCUCCCCUGCCCGGCGGUUCCCACAAAGCCAUUUUUAGCUCCGAGCAACAUGGGAAUGUGCUCAGCCUCCAAGGGGCUCUGUCUUAGUGCCCCAGCCCCUGGUCCCAGCCUGAGUGCCAGGUGUUGGGGACAGGAUUGAUGGCGCCCCUCCCCCCCUUCCUGACAGUUGACAGAAGCCCUGGAGAGCCAGGGCUCCUCAUGGCAGCUGCUGAGUAGGGAGGGGAAGGGGGGCUCCCCAUUCUUGGGGUGGUGAGGACUCUGCCCCUCUGCCUGCCUGCUCCUUCCCCCUCCCCCCCUCACACUGGGGAACUUGACUCAGCUCCUGCUCACAUGGACAAAUUAUUUCCCUAAGAAAAAUCCCACGGGCACCUGACUCCACAUAGAUCCAGAACAGCCCUUGGGUCAGGGUGGGAAGGGAACCCCAAACCCCACGGGGGCAGAUGUGGCAUCUGUGCCUAACCCCCCCCCAAUCUUCUCCCCUUCCUCUCCAUCCCCCCCCCUUCCCUCAAGCCCAACUUCUCUCCAGGCUGUUUUUUUAUGACUGUAAACAUAGAUAGUGCUUUAUUUUGUUAAUAAUAAGAUAAUGAUGAGUAACUUAACCAGCACCUUUCUCCUGUUUACACUUGGGGAAUUUUUUUUUCUGUUGGCAUAAUAAAGACAGACCAUUUCAGAA